AUGGAGCAGAAUCACUUCAAUCAGUUAGUUUAUUCAUUUUUGAAUUAGUUCUCAUCUGAUUUAAAAGAAGCAAAUAAAUGAAGAAAAAGUUUUCUUAGUUGACUGCUACUUUGAGAAAUCUCAGAGGAGAUCUUCUGGAAAACUAGCGAAAUAGUGUGCAAAACGGAGAGUUUUCAAUGUUUCUGACUAGGAAAGUCACUUUGCUUUGAUGAAGAGAAUUUCUUUAAAACUGACUAGAAAACUCUUGAUGCACCAGAAAAAGUUUAUGAAAUUCACAACCUGCCCAACUUUCUAUUUUUUGAGUUAUAACGGCUCAAAACCCCAAUACAGCCUUUCAACGAUAUUUGACGGCUUCCUUCGGUUCCAAGACCUUUUUUUCUUGAAAACUAGGAAGUUGGGCAGGUUGAGAUUUUCAGAAUCUUCAACAGGCAUAACAGAAAGUUUUCUGGCCAAUUUUCAGGAAAAUCCCAACCGCCAAGUGAAAUUAUCUUUCUUGUAAGUGCUUUUCCCAAGCCCAAGGUCAAAGAAAUAUACCCUAUCCGGAUGAUUAAUUUGUACCUUUUCUUUUCAUUUCUCAUGAAAUAUUGACCUGUCUUCAAGCUAUUCGAAAAGAAAAGUCAAAGAUUGUGACCAAAAGAAGCGUUUUGAUAGGUGGGAAAAUUGAUUGGUUAUCGAUAAACGAUGGACCACCGGAUCAUUAUCAAUCUUCGCCUUCUCUGAUAACCGGCCUUUUCCCGCUUCUUUUAUCGAAAAUUCUACUUCUAUUUUUUUAUUUUGAGAAUAAAAAAAUUCAUUUAUAUCUUAUUUAUAAAUGUUCUAGAGAUCAAAAAAAUUGUUUGGUGUAAUCGGCUGAUUGAGCUUCAGCAAAAAUUUGAAUUUUUAAAUUAUUUCUGAAAAGGUUAAGGUAUCUUUUUGAAUUCUUGAAAUUACCGUUAUAUUAAAGGCGCAUACACAGAAAAAAGCCGAGCGCUUCGAAAGGAAGCUUCCCCGAAGAGAUUAGUAGCUUGGAGGAAUACAAAAAUCGUAACAACCUGGCUCGGACUGGACUAUUUGAGCUGGUUUCUGAUCACACCGUCCCAGGGCCUUUCUUUGAAAGUUACCGAGUCCAUAUUUGAGUUCGCACUUUACCCGUGUCAACUGUCAACACCGUUACCGUUCAAAUUGCAUUUAUCCACAAUUUUUUUCCUUUUUCGGCAACGCCACGUGACGGCUUUUGUGCCGCUGGCCAAAGAACCGCCGAAAGAAAAAAAAACCGGUUUUUUCCUCCCAAUUCUCAGUUUUUCCAGUGUUGUUUGGCCUCGAAUGUCGUUAUUUUGAGUCUCUUUUUCUCGGGCUCUUGCCGAAGUUUCUUUAGAUCAUGAUUAGAUUAGUAUAUGAUCGAUUGCUCGGGUAGAGUUCGUUUGAAUUUACUGAAAGUUCAAAGUUUUCGACUCUUCUUCAGGUUUUCAAGUCUGUUUCAAAGGCGAAAUCCUAGCUUUUUGAGUUUUUAAUGAGGUAUAUAUUUAUCUCAGAACAGUUUUCUACCUUAUUUGAAAUAAAAAAAGAACUGCUUAUAGACGUGACAAGAAAUUGAUAAGGUUUGAUGUUUCGAGGACAAAUUUUUCAUUUUCUCCACCCAAAAGGUUCAUCUCUCAUUUUUUUUUUCUUUUCGCUUCACUUUGGCUACACUAGUUCCUCUUAUCUGUCGAUAUUUUUCUUUCGAAUCAUCAAAAUGAUCACUUUUUCUCAAAGGUUUGUCAUGGAGUUGGUCAAAUAUCAAUGAUGUUUGUCAUAACUUUUUCCAGUUUAAUCUAGUUUUCUAUUUUAUAUUUUAUUUUUAUGAAGUACAGUUCGUUCGAAAUACUUUUUCGAGGUGUUGAAAGGCAACGAAAAUGGUUUUUCACAUCUUGAACUGAAACAAUUUUUAUUUUCGUGUAUUUAAUAUACCCAUCAAUUCAGAAAACAAUCUUUUUUUGUUUUCUUGAAAAGAUUUUAGGACGACUUUAAAGUUUUCAAUGAUGACCGUAUUGAGCAUACUCUAGACUUCGAAAAUCCGAAUAUCUCCUUUUUUCCUGACCUUUUUUUCCAUAAACAAAUGCUACUUUUUUCACUCCCUGCUCUCACUCGAGUCAGAAAUUCCGCGAAAACUCGUCACCUUUUUCCCACUGACAUAGAACAAAUGAAAAGAUAUGCAGCUUCGCAGUAUAACCUUCUAUUCAAUUUUUUUUUUGUGCGCCGUUGGACUAAUCCUUAUUUUAUUAUAACUUCCCGCCUUGCAAUAAUCUUGUUGGCUUCGUGGACUUAUAAGUCUCUUUUUUCACUUCCUGUGCAGACGUAGAGGCUCUUUGAGAAGUUUUCAAGUAGAUCGAAGAUCGUCAUUCAGAUAUAUGUAUUUCUUUUUUUAUUCUUGAUUUAAUAAAACGAAGGACAAGCUUCAAAUUACUGCCUGGUAAGGGUACUAUUAUGAGCAAUAAUAAUGCAACUUCUCUAAAUUACGUUCUUGAAUAUAAUUAUGGUUCUCCUCUGUAGUUUUCUUUUUUAAAAUUCUAGGACUAUCUGAAGAUUUUUCUCUUUUAGCAGUAAGUGGCAGCUUCGCUACUUUUCAGGACGGUUUUUUUUGAAUAUUUCCUUUUUCAGCGAUCCACUGGCGCCUUCAAAGAAACGUCCGCGGCUGUCGCAGUCUUUCCGCGCCGAAUCCAUCGAAGCUACAACACCUACGAGCAUGGAAACGGCGUCGAGGCGUAUGUUUCGAACAAAUCCUCAGAAUGAUCAUCAAUUACCGAGGAAGAUCCCCAUUCAAUUCCCUUCUUUUUCUUCUUGUUCUGAAUUAGUUUUUUCGUCUUAUUACUCUAAUGAAAAUUUUUUUUCAAUAACUUUUCAAUCGGGAAAUCUUGCAAGAGAAUUUUUAGAAAAUGCUCAAAAAUUUUUAAAGUAGUACAAGAUAUUUUUGAAAGUUUAUGUAGGUUCAAACGAAGAAUAAAGCAAAACUCACCCUUUUCAAGUUAUAACUCCAGGACUUCAUCGAAUUUUUGAAGAUAGUUUCCUUGAUAUGUCGCUUCUUUUUCGCUGAGAUCGACUUUUCACGAUUUUCUAUGAGCGAAAGUUUGUUAGGCAUAUUGAGUACGCUUUUCAUGUUUUUAUUAUCAAGAAAGCGCAGCGCGGAAGCAACUUGAGGUCCGACGCGCUGAAACGAGGAAUAUUCACCUUUUUGCUUCACGAAUCUGCAAUCAUGACGUUUCGAGUGGAGAAGAAACGACUAUAUCAAUUUUUUUUUGUCUUUUGCGUAAAACUGAUGAGAUUUCGUUCCGAUGACGUCGCAAUGAAUUUAUUGCGCCGCCCAUCGGGUCGAGACAUCGAGGUCUCUCCAAUUGACGCAGUAAUUGAGCGCUUUGUUUUUUUUUUUUGUAAAUCUUAUGAGUCCAGAGAAAUUUUUUUGUAGGUAUUUUGCCCUAAGAGAUCAUCUGAAAAUAUCUUUGUAGCUUUUUUUCUUUUAUACAAUUUUCAUUUAGACUUGUCCUAAUCUUCAAUUAUUCUUCUUUUAAAAAUGUCUUAUUUUUUACGUGUUAAAUUUGUAGACAGCAACGAGGAGAUGGUGGCGACGUCUUCAUUGACCGGAGUCGUCACGGCGGCUGGAGCGGCGGCCAUGUCUUCCCUUGGUCAUCAACACUCCGUUCAACAGCAACAUCAACAGCAGCGCGUUCAGCCGCCGUCCAUCGAGUACAUCCAUCCGAAGGCCGAGAACGGCGCCAUCCUCGAGAUUCCCACGUCUUCGAUGGCUCUUCAAGCUGGUAGCCCUAAUAGUUUGUUUUUCCUUCUAACCCUUUGAGUUCUGUUUAAAAUCUUCUGUUUUUUCUUCUCAGGCUCUAGAUUUCUGUAGUUGAUCUGUGCCAGUUCAGUGGAAGAUCAAGUUUUAAAAAUUAGCUUUCUUAGACAGAGUUUUCAAAAAAAAAAUUUUUUUGCCGCUUGCAAAAAAAUUUUCAUCUAUUCCAAAUUUUUCUUUAUUUCUAUUAAAUACUUCAUUGUUGAAAUGCAGUUGAUUUUUUUGAUCUAAUUCGUCACGCUAUGUCGAAACGUUUCAGUGCAAAAAGCCGAUUAUCCAAUGCAAAUUCUGCUGAAGGGUGACCUUUUUUUAAACUCAAUUUUUUAUGGAAAUUUAUAACGCAGCCGCAGUAAGGUCAAAUAUAACACGAGUUGUUCGGAAAAGAUCGAUAGGGGCUGCUGAAUAAUAAAUAAGGACAGAAAUGAAAUAAUCACCUGCUGAGAAUAGAAAGUUUCGUUUGAAGUUGUUAUAAUUCGAGUUCUGAAGAACUUUUGAAAAAUCCACUCAAAAGCUUAAACUUCUCUAUACGAUUUUCCCCUUCAAGAGGUUACUGUAACAUGUUCAAGGCCGCAACCUUCUCUACGGAAAUUGCACGCGAAUUUCCGAGUAAUUUUAAUAUUAUUUUUUUUUCAUUUUUUGUGGAAAAUAAACGGUCCCUUUCUAUUCUCGUUAAAAACUGUUUUUAAUUGGAAAAAAAUUAUAGAAAAAGGCAAAAAGGUAUUCCAGAAAUUCAUAAGUCAAAAAUACCUUUUCAGUUUUUUUAGUUUACCGAAUUUUUUUCGUUAAGAGGUAUUACGCUUUCUGCGGAGUGGCUGUACACUAGUUACUGUCUGAAAACAUGAUCUUUAUCUAUUUCUAGUCUCUUAGUACAAAUUUUGGUCACUGUUUAAAAACUUGAAUCAGCGUAAAAUUUUACACAAAAAGCAUAUAGACUUUUUUGAUUCUCGAAAAUUUGAAAAGGGCUUCUAGAUAAUGUCAUUGAACUUUCUUUCUUCAUGACGUCAUGGUCAGAUACCCAUUGACCUCAGAAAAACCAGUUCUCGGGAGGUAAAAUAGGCGUCUGAUGUCAUUUUGGAGAUUUACAGAUUUUUAUCUUUUCUGAGGUCAUGGCGAAGUUCUUUUAUUUUUCCCUCCAACCACUUUACCCUUUUGAUAAUCAAUAAAGUCUUUUAUUGAUAUUUUUGAGGCAUGAAAUGCCGAGUUUGCGGCGAUUCCCGCGCUGGACGUCACUAUGGAACGAUUGCAUGCAACGGAUGCAAGGGAUUUUUUUAGAAGAAGGUUUUUUUUUAGUUUUUGAAGUUAAAAAAAUGAGAGAAUAAUUUCAAAAUAAACUUUAAAACUUCUGAAUUAGAAUAAAAUAACAUUAUAUUUUCGUUAUUUAAAAAAAAGAAUAGAGGUGUUCGAAGUUGAGAAGUUUGAAUAUCUUGCAGGCUUUUUUCGAGCUUCGUGUUUUCAAUGAAGUUCACAAUUUUUCUCAAUUUUUCAUUUCCUCGAUUUUUCAUUCGAAAAAUUGGGGUCGAUUUUCAUGACAAAGGAAGAAAUAAUUUUUUUUUUCAGCAUUUGGGAGCAACGAGAUUACGUGUGCAGAUUUGGCGGCAAAUGUCUGA